AUUAAUUGAAGAACGCCAAGUAGUGAUGUUUUGCGAUUUGCAUGCACAUUCGAGGAAAUCAAACAUUUUCAUGUAUGGAUGCGAAGGAAAAGGCCACGAAGGUAGAAAACUGCAGGAGCAAAUAUUUCCACUCUUGCUACACAAAAAUGCUCCAGAAAAAUUUUCGUUUGAAGAUUGCAAUUUCAACAUUCAGCGUUCAAAGGAAAAUACGGCUCGCGUAGUCGUGUGGUUGAUGGGUGUCGAGAACAGUUACACAAUGGAAGCAUCAUUUUGCGGUUCAUCUCUUGGUUCUCGAGCAAACACUCAUCUCACCGUCAAAGACUUUGAAGAUAUCGGACAGACGUUUUGUGAAACGCUGUUGGACUACUAUAAUGAAGAUCCCCGAAAUGAAAGAAUGAAAUUGAAAAUAUGCAGCCGACUUAUGGAACAGGGAUCCAAUGCAGAACAACCAAAAAAUAUAGACAUAUCCGAUUACUCGAG